AUGUCAAGACGUAGCAUCACCGAUGACUCCGACUCAAGCCCACCAACGCUAAGAAGACGAAAGAGAAGAAGGUCCACGUCAAAACCAGCCGGAGAGGAUAUCUCGGAAUGGUGGUCAAUCGAUAAUGCGGCACACCACUUGCCUGAUACGUCGGAGUGGAUUGCCGCCCGGUCUGACUGCUUUGCCUACCACGAGCUUCGGCGACUACUCCAAGAUGUCGAACUAAGAUGCCGUCAGUCCCGUCGUGAGAUAGCAAGGUCGUACCAUUCAGGACUGCAAGCUGCGGAUCAGAAUGUGCUAAAGAAACUGUAUCUUCUCCAGGAAGCAGAGCUUGAGUGUAGGAUAAUGCUGGCAACCACGCCUUUGGAGACUGAUACCACCCUGCGGUUGCAAAGCUUUAUGCAACUUAGCAAGGUAUGGAACGGAACUGCCUGUGCAAAUCAGUUGCAGACGCAACUCACGACCAGCUUGGGGCAAGAGGAAUUACCCAAGAACGCAUUCCUGGUCGAACGUGAGAAAGCACUUUGCUCACACAUGGAUCGAAUAUUCGCCAGUAUCAACCAAGAAGAGUUCCAAAAGACAUUCCAGGAGUUCAAAAACAUCAAAUCAAGACACCCACAUGUUGUCCACACUUCUAUGUAUCAAACAUUCAUGUUCGAGAGGACGAACAAUGACCUCAAGAGUGCAAACGCAGGCCAAGCUCGAAUUCGUGUCCGCCAGUCUCGAAACCAGGCGACCCGCCUUCGGACUCUCUUCUUACCUACAAGAGUGCUUCUCCACGAUAACCUCUUCCAUGCCUCUGCAUUGCUGCAAAUACUGAAAGAGAGAACAUCUACCAGAGCAAAACAUCCUCAAGUUGAGCUUGACCAAGUAUGGAAUCAGCUGCUUGCCAUCAUAGCUAUUGCCAAUGGUUCUGUGGCUGAACCGGCGUUCUUCUUAUCUACCAUGGAAUUUCUUGUAUCUUUGCUAAAGGCAGGCUUCGGUUUUCAAGAUAUCGACACACCGCACAUCGAGAAGAAAAGGCUCGAUCCUGGGUUGACACAAUUCCAUGUCUCGGACAACAAUCGCGACCCUUCAGAGUAUAUGGUUGGCCUGGGGGAAGUCUUCGCAGAGUUCGUACUAUUCGUGCAUGGUAGCAUGGUUGCUGCAUUUUUCAAUUCUUGGAACGUUCGCCCCGGGACAAUCUCGAUGUCGCCAACAUCUAUGCAAGCUAUGCUCGAUGUGAAGGGCACCUGCAAAGUAUGUUUGGAGACUGUAGUUCGGCAGAAGGGGGUCUACAGUGAAGGAGUAUCAAUUGGAAUGAGGGACAAGAGGCGGGGGGAUCUUGGCACACGGACCUUGGUCUCUGAGAACCGGGACUGUGCUUACGAGUGUUUUGCUUCCUACAGUAUUCCCAGAACUCUAGCUUCAUUCUUUUUCUUUUUCGCGGAGAUAUAUCAUUCUGAAUGCCGUCGCUUUAGGGAAAAAGAAACGCUGCUGGCACUUUCUUGA